UUUGGUAUGUGGAGUUGGAGGAUCUUAGUACAGAUCAGUUUUUUACAUAUGCUCUCAGAAUAAUAUCUCAAGAAAAAGGGACAUAUCUGGGUAUUUCUGGGGAAUAAUCGCUACUCACAGCUACAAAGGACAGGACAAUAACAGGAAGACAAAUAAGCUGAGAGUUGUGGAGGCAGAGGAGGGGGUUUGUGCGCAGUGGAAUGUCUCCAAAGCAGUUAAAUGUGCUUGUAUUUAUCCCCGCCCUCCAUCUUUUCUCUGUUUCAUGUUUGUUGGCUCCAUCAGUAUGGCUCCCCUCCAGUUUCCAGGCCAGGUUUUAGCUGAUUACCAAAAUGGGGGUCUUAGAAAAUCAACACCACAGAACAGGAAAAAAAAUAUAUAGGGAAGAAAAUAUUUGACUCAGAUAUCCUGCUAGGAGAGAGGCAGGGAGAAGCACUCUGAACAACUUUUAUUUUGCAUGCAAAUCUUUUCUUCUUAUUUUUUACACUAAAGAAACAGGAAAUCUUACUAAUGGCUGUAAAUGUGGUUGGAUUUAUUGCAAAUUGUGAAGCCCUCAGGGGGAAACUGUGUCUGUGACUGUGGAGAAGAGACGCCCUGUCUGUAUCCAGAUGUUUCAUGUUUCCCCUGCGCGCUCUUUGGAGAAGUCUGAACUCUGCAGAGGAGCAGUGACAUACUGAGGCUAUCGCCCUUGUCAUCAGAACAACUUAAACCUAUACGAUGAUCUCUCUAUAAAUAGUCUGGACUUUGUUUCUCCUGGAGAAUGGAGAACAGCAAACUGAGGACUCUGCUGCUGCUCAAGUUACAUCUUCUGGGGAUCUUUGUGAUGUCUUUGCACAGUCACUCUGGUCCAAACCCUGAGAACGUAAUUGACCUUCUAGUGGCUCUGAACGUAUCGCAGCAGCGAAGUGGUGUGUCCAGACUGCAGGCUUCCAACAGCACGGUGUAUAAAAUCCGACCCAGAACAGCUCACCUCAUCCUCCCUCCUAAAUACUCGCAGUUCCUGCACUCCAACUUUCAAGGCAGCAUUGGAGUGCAUUUGGUGGCGCGUCAGGCGCUGAAAUCCAGUGCCACGAUAAUUUCUCUCUCCUCUGCAUCCUCACUCAUCCUCCAGAUCAUCUCAUCCACCUUUAAUGACACGCUGAGAGUAGACUACUCACUUGGAGGAAGAGCUGUUGCCAGUGUUUACUUUCCUGGGAGUAAUCCUUUCUCCGGGGGGGAAUGGGUACAGAUGGCUGUGAACCUAGAACCUGACAGGCUGGUGUUUUUUGUAUCGUGUCUAGAAGCUGUCGUUUUACCAGUGAAACGUGAAAACAGGAGCAACUUGGAAGUUCCUCAAGAUGUUAUCAUUGCUCUUGCCAGCACUCCAGGACAAAAGGACAGUAAAUUCAAUGGUUACCUGAAGACAGCAGAAAUAUCACUGAAGGCAUACCCUAGGCGUCCGUGGAGUUGUGACAACAUUACAGAUGAUUUGCCUCUGUCUCAUCAUAACGACAUGCACAGACCAAACUCUCCAAAUGACACCAAUAAAAUACUUCACCUUGAUGCUUCACCCAAUAAACAUCAAACAAACCACCAGCUUCAAGAUCCCAGGGACCUCCAGAGUGAUCAGCAGCAGAGAGGGGCAGCGCUGGAGCCUCCUGGAUCUCCUGAAGGGGUGAAAUCUGUUCAUCCGACAAGGCUGGACAAGCUGGAGAGGAGGCUGGAGGAGAUGAUUCAUAUGCUGGACAUGGUCAAAGCUCAGAAUGUAGAUCUACAGUCUCGUGUAAAAUACCUGGAGGGGUGUGAGUGUGUGAGGCAGGGGUGUGUUUGGGAUGGACGUGAAGUGGAGGACGGCCGCCACUGGAAAGCUGACCUCAACACUGUGUGUUCAUGCACAUCUGGAAAGGUCACAUGCAAAGUCGGCGGGUGUGAUUUGGGUGAUCGAGUUCACAAUGUGUCCUACGACCCUCCAGAUGUCUGCCAGGAAUGCAUAAAUAAACACGGAACCAUAACUGGACACUGCCUCCAGCAAUGCAGAGGUUGCAUCCAUUCUGGUGGCAGAUAUGAUCAUGGAUCCAGAUGGAGGUCAUCCGAGAAUCCCUGUGAUGUCUGCUCCUGUUUAGAUGGUCAGGUUCUCUGUGAGAAGGAGCAGUGCAUCACUUCCUGUAAAGACCCUGCCUCUCCACCACCUGAGGGCUGUUGUCCAGUCUGUCAAGGCUGUGGUGUGAACGGACACGACAUUGCUAACGGAGCUGUAAUCUCAACAGAAGACCGCUGUCAGAAGUGUACAUGUGUGAAUGGAAAUAUGAUGUGUUCACCUAUUCAGUGUCCUUCUUUGCCUUGUCACAAUCCUGUGCAUCUUGCUGGGGAGUGUUGCCCACGAUGUGAGCAGUGUAGAUAUGAGUCAGAAGUGUACCCGAGUGGUCAGACGUUCCUCUCCAGGAGCGACCCCUGUCUCCACUGCCGUUGUUCUAACGGUGAAGUGUCUUGUGAGCGACUGGACACUUCCUGUCCCACUCUACACUGUAGUCAUCCAGCAAAGCACCAUGGGGAGUGCUGUCCCACAUGCAGAGAAUGUGAGUUUGACAGAAGGGUGUACGCUGAUGGCAAAGUGUUUGUCCCUGCUGGGAGUGGACCCUGCCAGCGGUGCAGGUGUAAGGCUGGAAAUGUAACUUGCCACAAGGAGAAAUGUCCUCCUGUUCAGUGCUCCAACCCCAUUAAUCACCCACAUUUAUGUUGUCCAAUCUGCACCGGAUGCAUAUCAGAGGGGGUGGAAUAUGAAGAAGGCUCCAGCUGGCAACCUGAUGGUCCCUGUUCCAGCUGCACCUGUGUGAACGGGGAGAUCUUGUGCACCCAGGUGCAGUGCCCAUCCCCCAACUGUCUGCACCCAAGCAGAGUAACAGGAUCCUGUUGUGAAGAAUGUGACAGCUGCACUUACAACCACCGUAUCUAUAGCAAUGGUCAGAGGUUCACUACUCCAGACCAGCCCUGCCACAUCUGCACUUGCCUGCUUGGCUCUGUUCAGUGUGAAAGACGAACGUGUCCUCCUCUCACCUGCACCAACUCCUCCACCCCACCUGGAGAAUGCUGCCCUAAAUGUCCAGAUUGCUCCUUUGAAAACCACAUAUAUGUGAAUGGAGAGACUUUUCCCAGUCCUGUGAGUGUGUGUGAGGAGUGUAAAUGUGUCAGUGGAAGGAUUGACUGCUACCAAGCACGAUGUCCUCAUCCUCAUUGUAACGCCCCUCUGCCUGGAACAUGCUGCCAGAACAACUGCAAUGGCUGCAGCUACGCUGGGAAGGAGUAUCCUAACGGGCAGGUCUUUCCUCACCCAAAUGACCCAUGCAGAACAUGUAGCUGCAUUAAUGGGAAUGUCCAGUGUCUAAUGAGGAGGUGUCCACCGCUGUCAUGCUCCAUCCCAAAUGUGCUCCCAGGAGACUGCUGUCCUCGAUGUCCAGAUCCUCCUUCAGACUGCAUGUAUGAGCAGAGGCCUUACAGACACAAGGAGCGUUUCUACCACCCUGCUGACGGCUGCCAAACGUGCACGUGCAACAACGGGUCAGUUCACUGUCAGCACAAGCCCUGCUCCUUUGCUCCGUGCUCUCACCCCAUCGCACAUGAGUGCUGCUGGUCCUGUGAAGGUUGUUGGCAUGAAGGCAGAGUGCGAGCUAAUGGGGAGAUGUGGGAGGAUUCUUCAGACCCGUGUGCUGUGUGUGUUUGUCGUGAGGGCUCAGUUCAGUGUGAGAAGAAACGCUGCCCUUCCUCCAACUGUAACCACCCAGUGCAGCGACAAUGCUGCACGUCCUGUGAUGGCUGCAUGUUUCAUGGUAAAGAAUACCCCGAUGGCACAGAGUUUAGCGAUGAUAAAGACUCCUGUAGUGUGUGUUACUGUUAUGGAGGUGAUGUUGUCUGCACCAAGUUGCCGUGUAAUUCAGACUGUAAUCACCCAUACCACCCCCCUGGACAGUGCUGUGGAGAAUGUAAACGCUGCUCCUAUAACGGCGUGGUCCUCGUGAGUGGACAGUCCAUCCCAGACCCAGGAAACCCCUGCUCUGACUGUAUAUGUCAGAGCGGCUCAGUUCGUUGUGCAAGGAAGAUGUGUCCAGAAGCUCCCUGUCCUCAUCCUGUCACCGACCCAUGUGGCUGUCCUGCCUGCAAUGGUUGUAAUUUCCAGGGUGUGACUUAUGCUGAUGGACAGAUGAUCCAAGGAGGAGGUUGUCAGGAUUGCACGUGUUCAAGAGGUGAGGUGGUGUGUGCACAGAGGAGAUGUCCAGCUGUGUCAUGCCUCAACCCAGCUCUGGAUGGCUGUGCAUGUGGGGUGUGUGAUGGGUGUCGCUUCAAUGGAAGAGACUAUUUCAAUGGAGAGCGAUUUCAACAUCCUGAGGACCACUGUCAGCUCUGCUCUUGUCUGAAUGGUGGUGUGGUGUGUGUGCCUGCAUCUUGUCCACGUCUCUCCUGUCAGCACCCAGAGAUUCCUGCAGGAGAGUGCUGCUCUGUCUGUACAGGAAAAUGCUUUCAUCAGGGUGAGGAGCAUCAGUCCGGCUCCACUUUCACAUUGCUCUCUGAUCCCUGCUCUACCUGCUCUUGUCUGAACGAGGUGGUGACCUGUCAGAGGAGACCUUGUCCUGCUCAGUGUUCACAUCCCGCCCCUUCAGACUCCUGCUGCCCCGCUUGUGACUCCUGCCUCUAUGAGGGCGUCGUCCGCUCUCAGAGUCGCACCUUCACAUCUUUACACAAUCCCUGCCAGAGCUGCACGUGUGUCAGAGGCAGCGUUUCCUGUGUGCCCCUCAUCUGCCCGCCAGCGCCCUGCUCUCGGCCCGUUGUCAAGCCAGGACAGUGCUGUCCAGAGUGUAAAGUGUGUUUGCUGGAUGGACAGGAAUUUAAUGACGGGCAGAUUUGGAUCCUGAGUUCAAACCGCUGCUCCACCUGCACCUGCCAGAAAGGUGAGGUGCGGUGUUCCCCACCUGAGUGUCCCAAGCUGCCCUGUUUGCAUCAGGUGACCGAUCCUGGAUCCUGCUGUCCUCGCUGUAGAGGGUGCGUGUACAGAGGAGUGGCGCACCAUGAGGGGAGCAGCUGGUUUGCUGACUCCACCCCCUGUAUGACAUGCAUGUGCGUGGAUGGAGUCACCACCUGCUCUGAUGUGCACUGUUUGUCUCCAUGUGUCAACUUUAUCAGCGUUCCCGGAGAGUGCUGUCCUGUGUGCGCUGAUUGUGUAUUUGAGGGUAAAGUGUACGGUCCAGGGGACAGCUUCCAUCCUGCUGACGACCCCUGUCAGAUCUGCACAUGUGAGGUGAUGCCAGAUGGAGAGCAACAUCUGAAAUGCUACAGGAAACAGUGUCCCAGUUUGGUCGACUGUCCAAAGAGCAACAUCCUGUUCUCCGGACCAGAAUCCUGCUGUCCCGUUUGUGCACAGCCUCUCACCAACUGUACAAACACACUGAUUGGGAACGAGGUGCUCGCAACAGACGACCCUUGUUUCACCUGCCAGUGUAAGGACCUGACAUGGACCUGCUUGCAGCAAGCUUGCCCGCUGCUCACCUGCCCUGUCAAUGAGCAGGUAACUCUCCCAGAUUCCUGCUGCCCUGUGUGCAAAGAUUGUGUGAUUGAGAGUCAGAAUAAGCGCGUGACCAGCGGUAGCAGCUGGACCGACAGCGAUGAUGACUGUGUCACCUGUACUUGUAACUUGGGCCACGUCGAGUGCAGCAUCGAGGAGUGCUUACCUGUGGUUUGUGUGAAUGGUCAGAAACAAGUGAAGACGCCUGGAAGAUGUUGUUACGAGUGCCGAGGGGAGUCGUGUUUGUACCAGGGGACCGAGUAUCAUUCAGAUGAACAAUGGGAGGUGGACGAGUGUACCAGCUGUACGUGUGUGUCAGGAGACGUACGCUGUAGAAGUGAACGCUGCCCUCCUCUCACCUGUGCAGCAGACGAGAGUCCAGCUGUCAUCCCUGGUCUAUGUUGUCCCCACUGCCUUCCUCGUCCGGCGACCUGCAUCACCUUCGGUGACCCUCAUUACCGUACCUUCGAUGGCCGCAUGUUGCACUUCCAGGGAACGUGCACAUACAUUCUGACGCAGGACUGUGAAGGUGGAGACUUCAGUGUUCAUGUCACAAACGAUAACCGUGGAAGAAAAGGGGUGUCCUGGACUAAAGAGGUGGUGGUGUUUUUAGGAAAUGUCACCGUGAAUCUUCUCCAAGACUGGGUUUUGAAGGUAAAUGAAGAAGUUGUGACUUUGCCUUUCCUCUACGAGCCGUACGUCUAUAUAGAGCAGCAAACCAACACUGUCCUCCUCAACACAAACAUCGGACUGAAGGUGCUGUGGAGUCCUCGCUCCCACCUGGAAGUGAGCGUGCCAGGCUCGUACAAGAGUCAAACCUGCGGACUUUGCGGAAACUUCAACGGCUAUCACCAGGAUGAUCUCCAAAUGCCUGAUGGCCGGCUUGCCCAAUCAGAGUCUGAGUUUGGGAACGGCUGGAGAGUGACAAGUGGACAUCACUCCCUCUCUUCCUGUCAUCCUGGAGAAGAUGUUGAUCCGUGUAAGAGUGCGGGAUACCAGGCCAGGAAGGGGGCGAACGCUCGUUGUCAGGUCCUGAAAUCCUCCGUCUUUGAGCCGUGCCAUCGGGUCUUGCCUCCUGAGGUGUGGUACGGCGCCUGCGUGUAUGACCUCUGUGCGUGUGGAGCAAAUUCUGAUGAAUGUCUGUGUGAUGCACUGGAGGCUUACGCCAGCCAGUGCAGAGAGGCUGGAGUCGUCCUUCAGUGGAGAAGUGCAUCCCUCUGUGCUGUGGGCUGUCCUGUGGAGAGGGGCUUUGUGUUUGACGAGUGCGGCCCACCUUGUCCUGUCACCUGCUUUAACGCUGACACUCCACUGGGGGUGAUAGAGAGUCACUGCUUCAAGCCCUGUGUCCCAGGCUGUCAGUGUCCUGCUGGUCUAGUCCUGCACAACAGCUACUGCAUAAAGCCAGAAAAGUGCCCAAAAAUUAUCUACGGCAACCAUUUAUGAUUCUCGUCCUGCACAAACAAUAAUGUAUUCUCACGUGUAUCAGAACUGGAUCCACCUCAAGGAUGUUACACACAGACGGAAGAGUAAGACAUAUAGUAGCACUGAGUCUUUAUACCUCACAGGUUGUUUUUUUCACACAUUUAUCACAAACUGGAUCAGAAUUAUUAAAGAUAACAUAAAACUUUGUUUGUUUGUUUUUUGUGCAGAUACUAAAAAAUGUGCAAUGUUUUGGCUCUACAUGUGAUAAACAUAAUCUCAAGUUCCCUCAGUUUCUCAUUUCUGUAAUAAACAGAAGUUUAAAUGA